CAUUGCUGUCACUGCUCGCGCUCUGCUGCCGCGAGACUGGAAACCAACACGAACGAACGAGAGAGAGACACCUGAGGCUCUGAAGAGUCCACUUACACCAAAAACUCAAGCUCAGAAGCAGAUCAUCACAAGUUACCCAUCAAAUAAGAGAAUAUAACGCUUGAAAAUGAUGAAUCAGAUCGAGCUUUCCGUUCCAUAUGAUAAUGGAUAUGAACCGGAAGACUACAUGAUCCAGGAGGAAGAAUGGGACCGGGAUUUACUGCUGGAUCCAGCAUGGGAAAAACAGCAACGGAAGACGUUCACGGCCUGGUGUAACUCUCACCUGAGGAAAGCUGGGACACAGAUUGAGAACAUAGAGGAAGACUUCAGGAAUGGCCUCAAACUAAUGCUGCUGCUUGAAGUCAUUUCAGGUGAGAGGUUACCCAAGCCUGACAGAGGAAAGAUGCGUUUUCACAAGAUAGCCAAUGUCAACAAAGCCCUUGAUUUCAUCACCAGUAAAGGAGUGAAACUGGUCUCCAUUGGAGCUGAAGAAAUUGUGGAUGGAAAUGUGAAAAUGACUCUUGGAAUGAUCUGGACAAUCAUCCUUCGCUUUGCUAUUCAGGAUAUCUCUGUUGAAGAAACUUCGGCUAAAGAAGGGCUUCUGCUGUGGUGUCAGAGGAAGACCGCUCCUUACAGGAAUGUCAAUGUUCAAAACUUUCAUGUCAGCUGGAAGGAUGGCUUGGCGCUGUGCGCUCUCAUCCACAGGCACAGGCCUGACCUCAUUGACUACGCCAAACUCAACAAGGAUGAUCCACUGGGUAAUCUGAAUUUGGCAUUUGACAUUGCUGAAAAACAUCUGGACAUCCCCAAAAUGCUGGAUGCAGAGGACAUCCUGAACACCCCAAAGCCUGAUGAGCGAGCUAUUAUGACAUAUGUGUCCUGCUUCUACCAUGCCUUUGCUGGAGCUGAACAGGCUGAAACUGCUGCUAACAGGAUCUGUAAGGUGCUGGGAGUGAAUCAGGAAAAUGAGAAGUUGAUGGAGGAUUAUGAAAGACUGGCUAGUGAGCUGCUGGAGUGGAUCAGACGUACCAUUCCCUGGCUGGAGAAUCGCGUGCCGGAGAAGACCAUGUCAGAGAUGCAGCGGAAGCUGGAAGAUUUCCGAGAUUACCGCAGGAUGCACAAACCUCCCAAAGUGCAGGAGAAGUGUCAACUGGAGAUCAGCUUCAACACCCUGCAGACUAAACUCCGCAUCAGCAACCGGCCUGCAUUUAUGCCUUCUGAGGGCAAGAUGGUUUCGGACAUAGCGAGUGCGUGGCAGGGGCUGGAACAGGUAGAGAAGGGCUAUGAGGAAUGGCUGCUGACAGAAAUCAGGAGACUGGAAAGAUUGGACCAUCUAGCAGAGAAAUUCAGACAAAAAGCUACCAACCAUGAGACCUGGGCUGCAGGUAAGGAGGAGAUGCUGACCCAGAAGGACUACGAGUCAGCAUCUUUAAUGGAAGUCCGAGCUUUGCUGAGGAAACAUGAGGCAUUUGAGAGUGACCUUUCAGCCCACCAGGACAGAGUCGAGCAGAUCGCUGCUAUAGCUCAGGAGCUCAAUGAGUUGGACUAUCAUGAUGUUGCAUCAGUGAAUCAAAGGUGUCAAAGUAUUUGUGACCUCUGGGACCAACUGGGUACACUCACUCAGAAACGCAGAGAGGCUUUGGAGAGGACAGAGAAACUUUUGGAGACAGUGGAGCAGUUGUUUCUGGAAUAUGCAAAGAGAUCUGCUCCCUUUAAUAACUGGAUGGAGGGAGCCAUGGAAGACUUACAGGAUAUGUUCAUAGUGCACACCAUUGAAGAGGUCCAGACUCUGAUAGCUGCUCACGAGCAGUUUAAGGCCACACUUCCUGAGGCGGAUGCAGAAAGGCAGGCGAUCCUGGGCAUUCAGCAGGAAGUCCUGAAGAUCUUCCAGAAUUAUGGCAUUCGUGGAGACCUCACCAACCCCUAUAGCACCAUAACUACAGAAGAGAUUGCCAUCAAGUGGGACAAGGUGAAGAAGCUGGUUCCCCAGCGUGACAGUGCACUGCAGGAGGAGUUAGCGCAACAGCAUGCUAACGAAAGGCUCAGACGCCAAUUUGCUGCCCAAGCCAACCUCAUUGGACCCUGGAUACAGGCCAGGAUGGAGGAAAUUGGUCAUUGUUCUAUGGCGAUGGGUGGGACUCUUGAGGAUCAGAUGACGCAGCUGAAGCAGUAUGAGCAUGUGAUCGUCAGCUAUAAACCCAACAUUGACAGACUGGAGGGAGAUCACCAACUCAUCCAGGAGUCACUUAUCUUUGACAACAAACAUACUAACUACACUAUGGAGCAUAUUCGUGUUGGCUGGGAGCUCCUUUUGACUACGAUUGCUCGCACUAUUAAUGAAAUUGAGACUCAAAUUCUGACACGUGAUGCAAAGGGCAUCAGCCAGGGGCAGAUGAAUGAAUACCGAUCCUCUUUCAACCAUUUUGAUCGGGAGGAGAGGGGUAAACUCAGGACUGAUGAGUUUAAAGCAUGCCUGAUCAGUCUUGGGCAUUUAGGAAGUGACAAACGGAAGAAGAAUGGGGCGAUGGAUUCUGACGACUUUAGGGCCUGUCUGAUCUCGAUGGGUUAUGAUCUGGGUGAGGUGGAGUUUGCUCGGAUCAUGAUGCUGGUUGAUCCAAACGCUUCAGGCGUUGUGUCAUUCCAGUCUUUCAUUGACUUCAUGACAAGAGAGACAGCGGACACAGACACAGCUGAACAGGUCAUCGCUUCCUUCAGGAUCCUCGCCACAGACAAGCCAUAUAUUUUGGCAGAUGAGUUGAGACGAGAGCUUCCUCCAGACCAGGCAGAGUACUGCAUCAGCAGGAUGCCCCCAUACACCGGCCCCGGGGCCCUGCCUGGAGCCCUGGACUACACUGCCUUCUCCACUGCCCUCUACGGAGAGAGUGACCUUUAACUCUCUCAACAGCUCUGACCUUUUAUAAUCCCAUCUCAGAUCAGCAGCCUCAAGAAAUGAAAACAUGACAAAUAAACACAAUGAGCACAAUAUCAGUUUUUAGUCUCAGUUGAUGUAUUUUGCUAGAUGAUUGAUAUGAAAUGUUGAAGUCAAUACACACGGAAUGCAGUUUGGAAAUGAAAAGAAUGCAAUUAAUAAGGUAAAAAGAACAUUUAUCUGUAGCAGUCCAAAAAAGUUGUGAAUUUUAGAUUCACUUUCUCAUAAAUUGUUCAAGUCAAGGCAUAGGAAAAUAUUUUAAUGUCUUUCAUGUAGACUAUUAUAUUAGAGAAAAUUUACAAAGAUUUUGUCACGUGAAAUGCAUUAAAAUCAGUAAUUACACUAAAUUCAGAAUGAAAUACUUUUAAGUACAUUAUAGGUUUUAUGCAUUUUACUCUUGAUCUUUUCCAAUCGCACUUUUCCAGAAUGAAAUCUAUUUUGUGCAGUAGUGUUAAACCCACAGUAUGUAAGAUUUUGCACAUUUGAAUUAUCCCCUAAUGAGAUUCACCUAACCACUGCUUUUCUUAUUUUUGCUCUGGUACUGUAGUGUCCCUGGUUAAAGAAUUUUUAGAUAUUUUGGCUGGAAACAAAACAAAAAAUCUAAGCAAGAAAAGCAUUUUUUGCAGUGAUCUAUCUGACUCACUGACAAAGAUAGCCUCUUUCCAGCUUAUAUAAACUGUUAAUGUAUAUGAAAUCAGGCACUGCUAGACUUUUGAGUUGAGCUACUGUUCAUGUGGCUUUUUUAAAUCAAGAAGGAUUUUCUAGACAAGUAAAAACUAUUGUCUUGUUUUCAGAAAAAACAAGUAAAAAUGAAGUGAGUUUUUGCUUGAAACAAGCAAAAUAAUCUGCCAAUAGGGUAAGCAAAAUAAUCUUGUUUUCUGUUUGAAAUAAGAUUAUUUAGCUUGUUCUAAAAUCCUUCUUGAAUUAAGAAUUUUUAGAUAUUUUGGCUGGAAACAAGACAACAAAUCUAAGUAAGAUAAGCAUUUUUUGCAGUGAUAAGGGCACCAGCUGUUUAUUUGGUUGUACAUGACGUUUUAAAUAUUGCGAAUGCUUUUUGUCAAUCUAUGUACUACUACAGGGCUUGUCAAAUAAAGAAAGCAAAAAACAGAAAUCAUUAUGAGUUAAAUACUAAAUUUACAGUUGUGGGUAAAAGUAUGUGAACCCUUUGGAAUGACAUACAAACAGCCUGUUUAACACACAAGCAAUUGUUUUCUUGUCUGUAUUAAACACAGCAUGCAAACCAUUCAGAGAAGAGUUGCAAAGUAUGUGAUUUAUAUAAGUCACACUAGUUCAGUGUACAGUGUCAAUUUUUUAACCUGUCAAAUCAGUUUUAACAUGAAAGAAGGGAUUUGUGAAUGUCUGCUGUUGAAUUAUAUGAACAAGAAAGCCAAAUGUGUGUUUUACAGUGACAUAAAUGAAAUAAACCUUACUUAUGAAAAG